AUGAUAAAUUAAAAAAUAAUGCAAAUCACAAUAUUAAAAAUGUUUACGUUGAUGAUGUUGAUGAGAAUGCUGAUAAUGAUGAUGUCCAAAAUGAGACGCUCGUUAAACAAAUGCUGCCAAUUCAUCAAGCACCAAUAGAAACAACAAAAACAGCAAGUGAAACAACAAACGAAACAAAAGCAACAAAUACAUUAUUUUCUUUACCAUUUUUUGCUGCGCAAAACCAGCCACUAAUAGCCGAAGCAAACGUAAAUCCGCUACAUGCUGCCGGCAUAGCUGCAGUAACACUAACAACGAAUGAUAAAGCACAUGCAGCAAGAUUAACAGCAACAACUUCAACUACUACGACAAAAACAACAAGAAAAGCAGCAGCAGCAGCAGCUACAACCUCAACGACUACAACAGGAGCUGAAAUAAAUUACUGUGAUGAAAGUUUAAGCAAAUUUUUGAAUGACGUUGACAUUAUUGACGAAACGGAAACAACAGAAACCACAAAUGCUAGCCAACAAGAACAACAAAAAACAACACAAUCUCAACGUAUACGCAUACAAUUACAUUUGGAGCACGACACCUUUGACACGCAUACAUUUGGUAUCAAUUGCGGUUUAAUGUAUAAAGUACGUCUAACAACAAAUAUGCCAUCAUCGUCAACAACAAUAAUAUCGUCAUUAUCAUCGAAGAGCCCCCCGCGUAUUCAUUACGCUGGGGAGUUUUUUAUAGAAACAGUUUCGAUGCUAAACGGCAGAGAACGUGGCAGUUUCGUUGGUCAUACCUUAGGCAACAAGUUGCCAAUUUCAUGGUUCAACACCCUACAUCAUAAUCAAAAAAGUAGUAAUAGUAUAAAUGGCAAUGAUGUUGGCGUUGGUGCUGGUGCCGAUGCUGCUAGAAUUCCAUUAAAAUGGAUGACAUCGAAUGAUGAGGCAGAGACUACGAAUAAUGAAAGUUCGAAUGCAGAAAAGAAUGAGUUUAACUCAGCAACAUCCACUUCAGAUGAAGAUAAAUUUGCCUUUAAUAGCGAUUACUGGGAUGUAACGCGUAAGAAUAGAGAGGCCACAUCAUCAAAUAAAAAUGCACAAAAAGUAAAUGAAAAUAAUAGUGGUAGGAGCAGUACUAGUACCGGUGGUACUGGUAGUACUCGAAAUGCAAAAAUGAAAGCAUGCCCGGACAAUAAAUGGCGCGACAGCACCAAGAGUCACAUGAAUGCCAUGGGCAAUGUCACUACAGAUUCUGUAAAUUUUUGGUUUGUGAAUGAGCUCUGUGAACAGGAUGACACCAUAGAAUUCAGGGUUUUUUUUCGUGCCACAAUACGUGGCAGUGCAACAGAUAAUGCCAAUGGCAACAGAAAUGAUAACAAUGAUGGCAGCAGCAUUAACAAUGAUGCAAAUGUCGAAGCACAAUUCGAAGUCUACAAAAAAACCUUCAAAUUUCAAUUACGAAAAGACUGCCAACUUCAACUACGUGAGUUAUCCACCACCGGCACAUUGGAUUACACAACGCUGCCAUUAUAUAGCAUCGACUGCACUGUAAACUUUCCAAACUUUCAGCAUACAGAAACCAACAUACAAAACAAUGCAUUAUCAGUACCACCGCCGGGUAUACUCGUAGUAUUGCAACGACUCAACAUACCAUGUUCUAGUGGUGGGUAUGUGCGCUUCAACGAACGCUCUAAUCUAUGCGGUAAAUUGGAAGAAUUGCCUGACAGUGAUCGUGCAUAUCAUUUUGAUGUGCGACAAACUACAAGUGUACGGUUUCACAAGAAUCCCAUGUUCAGUCUCAGCUAUAAACUGGUAGAUUACUGUUACAAUGUCACAACCAGCAAUCAAACUGGCGAAUUCUAUAUACGACCAAGUUUGCGAAACUCAUUAGAAUGUUACUUUCGUAUACAUUUGCCCUAUGGCAAUCGCAUACUACUACGUUUAGUAACCAACAAUGACUCAGAUAUACUGCAGUCCAGUAUGAAUGGAGUCAAUCAAAAUGGCGAUGCAUUUGCUAAUGGUGGCAUACUCUAUGACGACAAUAUGCAAGCCAUCUACACAAGUCUGGGUGUAAAUAUAGAAACACAAGUGAUAAAUUUAACUUUAAGUGAUAAUAAUUAUUUUACAACAUUGCACGGCAAUGAUGCAGCAAUAAAUUCUAGAAAUAGUAACUCUACACGCACAAGCGGAAAUACACAUAGUUACACUGAACCGAACAGUGUAUAUGGCUUUGGUUUAGAUUCGUUUGCAUUCCUGACCAAUAAUAAUGCAAAUAUGCGUAGUACUUUCGGCACUGCCGGUUGUAAUGGAAUUGUGAUAAAAGUAUUCGAAAAUGAUCAUUCCAAAUGGUCGCAUUGCAUCAAUAGUACAGAACAAAUGCGUGGUUUCGUUCUGGAAUCAAGCACUAAUAUGCUUAGCAUACACUUGUACAGACCUGCAAGGAAUCGUUAUUAUGGCAAUGGUUUAAUGUUUACUGCUGAUGAUACAUUUGCAAAUACAGCAGUGCCGGCGAUUUAUUUGUCAUAUCAAGCACGUUCAAUACCUGAAAUUGUGUCAAAUUGUGCCUUUGGCUGGGUAGCGAUGCAACAAUUCUGCGUAUCUGCAGUUGAAGUAUCAUUAUCAUGGUACAAUGCAGAGCAGCAUUGUAUUAGUCUAGGCGGUCAUUUAUCUUCAAUACGCAAUGAAGUACAACAACAAAUUGUAAAUGAAUUACUGCUUAACAGUCCUGGUUAUCAGGAUCAGAACGCCUACUGGGUGGGUGGUUCCGAUAAAAGCUAUGAAGGCGAUUUCCGUUGGAGCGAUGGUCUUUCAUUUCAAUACACAAAUUGGUUUCCGGGUUGGUUACAGCAUGGUCAGUACAACAGACAACCGAACGAUGACGGUCUCAGCAGUCAGGAUUGCAUUGAAUUGCGUCGUUAUUUCCGUACACCGCCUGGCAUACAAACGAAUCGUAGUCCGUUGACAAGUACUUUUAUGUGGAAUGACCGAGAUUGUAGUGCAGAGAAUUUUCUUAUAUGUGAACGUGCCAUGAGUGAUGAAUCGAUACGUCGAAGUUGGAUAAAUGAUUGUAAUAAAACUGUUUCACUAACAAAGGAACAUCCGCGUGCUUCCAUAUGGAGCCCUUCAUUUCCACGUCAAUAUCCAGACAAUGCCAAUUGUUAUACGACAAUAACAGCACCGACAGGAUAUCGCAUUGUUAUUGAAUUUGAGGAGCUAGUAAUUGAAAAUGAACCUGGUUGCACUUACGACUAUUUGGAAAUAACAGAACCAACACAUUUGGAGUCAGUAAAAACAACAAAAUCUUCCAAACAUAAAAAUUUUAAUAAUAAUAUAAAUAAUAACAUUAACACUAAUAAAACCUUUCGAAAGCGAAGUUCUUAUGAAAAUCCUAGUUUAAGAUCUUAUACAUCUACGUCUACUUUUAAUACUAAUUCUAACACUAAUUUUAGUACCAACAACUAUUAUAAUAAUAAUAAUUACUAUGAUAAUAUAAAUAAUAAUAAUAAUAACAAUAAUAAUAAUAAUAAUUUCUAUGAUAAUUUAAAUAAUGAUAAUAAUUUUAAUUAUGUAUAUAAUAAUAAUGAUGAAAAUUAUGCGAAUUCGAAUUCGUUUAAUAUUAAUGAUAAUUAUUUAUAUUCGAACAAUUACAAUAACUAUAAUCUCGCUCAAACAAACUAUCAAAAGCUUUUACAUAUAUUUUCAAGUCUUUAUAAGCCUCACACGAAUUUUUUAAUACAAACUCCCGAUUAUCCAAGAGGCAAUCCCUAUUAUCAUCACAGCAAUCACCAUAUACGCAGUAGUGGCAACGAUGCCGAAAUGUUGCCAAAACGUUUGUGUGGUGAUUGGAGUUCAAAGCUAAAACUACUACGUCAUGUCACUGCUGGUUCAUAUCUUGGCUUGCAUUUCGUCUCCGACUACUCCCACCAUUUUGGCGGUUACAAAGCUAAGACAUAUAUGGAAAAUACUGCUUCUGAAUGCGGUAAUGAACGUUUAAAGCCUUACAAUGGUUCUUGUUACCUUUUUGUUUCAUAUCCAGAAGUCGACUGGUUCACUGCACAACAAGUUUGUCAUGGUUUGGGUGCAAAAUUGUCCUCAGUGUCAACUUCGGAUGAACACAGAUUCAUAACAUCGAACAUUCGUAACCACAUCGAUUACUCACCACAAUUGAUUUACUGGCUUGGUGCUGAACUAGAGAAGAAUGGACAAUUUGAAUGGACAGAUGACACAAAAAUGAGUUUCCAGGGCUGGUUACCUGGACAGGGACAGUUUGAUGUAAUGCCAGCUGAUGCAAUGUGCUUAGGUCUACAAUGGAAAAUGUCACCAACACCAAUGUUGCCUUCUGGUUUAUAUUGGCAAUCACAAAAGUGCACCAAAGUCGGUGGAUAUGUGUGUAAGAAACCAAAAGAAUCCUUUGGAAAUUUUGCUGUUAACAAUUUUACAGUAAAUGGCACUGAAGGACGUCUCGUAUCACCAGCCUAUCCUAAUACUUAUCCUCUUAAUUUAGACUAUUGGAUACAUAUAAAAUCAGCAGAACGCACACGCAUUAUUGUGCAAUUUCAAAAAAUAGAUUUGGAACCACAAGAUGAGUGUCUGUAUGAUUUUGUUAGUAUAGAAAAUUAUGAGCUCGUUUCGAAAAUAACACUUGAGCCUGGUACAAAUCCCCUACCGAUGGCAAUGUUAAUGUCAGCUGAUGUUAUGACACAAUACGAUGAUGAGAACGUUAAUGGUGAUAAUGAUAUGCAAAACAAUUUGCACCGUAGACUAGGGCGACACAUUAACAAAAAGAAACACAUUUCCGUAAGCACUGCCAUACAGCACAGGCGGAAGCGAAAUACACGAAAUGAGUACGACCACAAUUUAAUGGCAGAAUCUGCAAUGCAAAUGCCAGACCAAAAAACGAAUGGACAGCACAAUAUUGCCAAGAAGCAUAGUUGCAAACAUUGUAAAAAUAUCGUCAACAGGAAAAAACAUAACAACAACAAAAAUCACAAAAGACAAGAACCUACUAACGAUACAAAUAGUCAAACAAAUGAAAAUCCAAAACGUCGACGUCGGAAAAAAUACUUACCGGAAAUUGAAAAUAAAUUACCAAAGAAUUUAAGCAACGAUAGAAAUGUUAUAAAUAAGGCAAAUACUGCACAGGAAAUGCAUUUAAGCCAACAUCAACAUUAUCGAAAACAACAACAACAACCACAUAAAAGUAAUUUCCAAAAAAUAUACACUAAACAUCGCCAAAGACGUAGUAUUAUCGCUAACGAUGGUAUACUUAGUGUGCCGACUGCUAAUAAUGCACAAUCCUUCCUGCCUUAUGUGCGAUGGUGUGGUUCUCAUGACUCUAAUAUGUCAAAAUUUGAUUUUGUCUCGAGCUCAAAUCAGGUUAUGUUAAAUUUUCAUAGCGAUUAUUCGGUCACAGGACUUGGUUUUGCUGCCACUUGGAAAGCCAUAGAUGUGUCUGGUUGUCCUUUGCGUACAUUAACCGCUCAUGAAGGCACAAUCGAUAGUCCAAAUUAUCCACAUUUUUUAUUAAAUAAUCUUAAUUGCGCUUAUGUGAUACAAGCACCGCUGGGGAAGCGUGUUUGGUUGGAAUUUAAAGAUUACGAUUUAUUAUCCGAUGCACUGUUAGAGGUGGACAUUGGUAAUGGUAUUUUCAGACCAUUUCGUCAGCGGGAACAUCUUAACGAGGGUGUUUUUGUUAGUUUACGCGAACAGCUCCGUGUACAAUUUAGAACAGGUACACAUCCAAGAGGGAAGGGAUUUCAAGCUGCUUAUCGCAUAGUUGGACAAACGGAGCCUCGUGAACGUGUCAUCAAUUUAACAAGCAAUGUCACAGGUUAUCUCUACCAAUUGAACUAUCCACAAGAUGUAGAAAACGUUGUCGAUUUUACACAGCAUCUAGUAGCACCGUUCGGAGACAAUAUUCUACUCGAAUUACAUGGCGUUGAGUUCAGUGAAAAUGGCUGUCCAGAUAAUAAUAUUCUUGAGAUAUACGAUAACUAUGCUGACAAUAAUGGCACCAAAUGGCAGUUAUGCAAAUUUGCAAAUCCUUUACCUUACACCAGCAAUCCCAUUGAUGAUAAUUAUUAUGGUAGUACAGAACAAAAUUCUUACGUUUACCAUCAGCAGACAUAUAACAAUAGAUUGGAACUGAAUAGACGAAGUCAGCAAUAUGCUGCACCACCUGUCUACAUUACAUCCUAUCUGAACACAUUGCAUAUACGCCAACACACCACUGCCAAAUCUGAUGCCAAUUUAAAUGCAACCGUACGAAUUCAAUGGGAUAAUAAUUACAAAAUGAAAUUAACAUCUGGGGAUAAAGCGGUCGAGUCAUGCCAACCGAAUCCUUGUCAGUACAACGGAAAAUGUGUGAUUAACAAUGGUACCAGUUACUGCCAGUGCCAAGGACACUAUACCGGAAGAUUUUGUGGACUUAAUCUAUGUGAACUAGAACCAUGUGUCUUUGGCAAAUGCGAAUUAACUGCUACAAAUUUCAAGUGCCAAUGUCAGCCAGGUUAUAUGGGUACAACAUGUGAGCAGAAACAGAGGCCUUGCGCUGAUAAUCCUUGCGAAGGACGUGGCAUUUGUUUUGAAAAAAAUGGUGGAUAUUUUUGUCGUUGCCAUGCUUGGUGGGAAGGACAUAAGUGCGAACGUCGCAUGAUGCAUAUACCAUAUAAACCACUUUCGGAGCGUAUGUUACAGGAACCAUUUUGGUUAGGUCUCAUUACAGUUUUUGUAGUUUUGGCUGUUAUUGGCUUAGUUUGGUGCGCCAAACGUCAUUUUCCGGAGAAAAUAGAAAAGCUGUUAGCCGAAGAAGCUGAUCGCAAUAGACCACCUGGUUCAAUACAUGGACAUCAUCAUCAUACAUCAUUGCGCGAGCAAUUGCAAUUUACAACUGCCAUACCUCAGACAACCGUCAGUAAUGCACCGGGGGCACCACGUUCCAUAUUCAACAGAUUGGGUAUAAGAAAACCAUCUCUUUUGAGCCUCAGCAGCCCCAAUCCAAUUCCUGGAGGUGGUGGGGCAGCAGCGCGUACAUUUUCAUUAGACGAUUUAUUACGACCACCUCCUCGACGUUCUCCAUCACCACGUAAAAAGCGGAAUAAUUCCACGCCUGUCAAGAAGAAUGCCACCGAAAAAAAGCAAAUAUUACAACAAUUAGUUUCGCCGGCCGUCGCUCAAGCCAAACCCAAAGUGAGCCUGGAUGAACUGAUAUCGAUGUCCGAGAAUCGAUUGCGUGUGAAUAACAUUGAUUCUGAGAGCGAUCUUAAGGAAACAACUUUCUCAGAGAAUUCUGGUUCCUUAGCCUCAGGGUCCAUGCCGCGCAAUAUAACCGAUCCGAAGUUGGAGAAGAAGGUCACUUUUGCACGUCUCUUAAAUAAAGUUUCUGCAGAGAUGAGCUCUGGUUCAGAGAUCGAUAUUGGUCAAAUGGGGAGCACAAGGAACUCUAGCGCUCUUAGUUUGCCAACUGAUAUACAAUUUCGCGCCAGCUCCAUGCCCCCAUCACCGUGCACAAAUGAUAUACGCUCACCGCAUAGCACCUCAUCGAAUCAGGGCAGCGAUUCAUUGUCCAGUUCAGAUCUGGCACUAACCGAUUUUGGCCUUCGCUCAAUACAAAACAGUGGCAGUGAAAUCGGUGGCACAAGCCAUCAGCUCAAUAGCUUAGCAGCCGGUAUACCGGCACGUUGUCGUAUUGGUUCGCCAGCACGUCCAAAAGUAUCCAGUGCCGAUUCAAUAUUAGCAAUGUUUCGUAAUUUUGGUUCGAUAUCAACGACUGCUUCAAUUACAGCUAACAAUAUUAUGCCUUCAACCACAUCGAUAUUUAUAUCGCCAUCGACAACUCCUACUGUUUCCAGUCCACAAGACGAUGCACCUGGUGAUGAUGAAUCAUCAACAUCAUCUAUGCAUACACCUGUCAGUUUCUCUAGCGGUCCACCGGACUCACCUGUAUUUUAUCGCCAAACGACUAUUGAAGUGCCAGUGCUUGAUGUUUUGAAUGCGCACAAAACAUCAUCGCCAUCGUCGUCUACGUCGUCUAGUUCAACGAAUUUAUUACACCCACCGACGAUUCUACUUGAAAUACCAAGCAAUGGCAUAAAUAAUAAAUGCUUAUCACCAAUACGAGAAAUGCCCACACCGAUUCCAUCACCAGCGCUUACGCCUAUCAUGCCUAGGCCACAACGUUCAAACAGUCCAAUAUUUCAAGAGGAUCCGUUAUCUAGUGGAGAUUUUAGUGAUGAUGAAAUCAAAAGUGAACGCAGUGAACGUAGUGACGCACAACUAUCA